GCUCGGGUAGCUGUCAAACUGGACGAUGUAAAUUCCGAAACCAGCGCCGGAAAGUGUGAAAAAAAAAUGCUACGACCCGAGGUGGUGGAAAAGCUGGAGUGUCCCUCCGUCGGGCUGGCCACCUCGUGGGCGAUUGGUCGGCGGAGUGUUCCGUGCGAAAGUCUGGCCGAGUGUCAAAGCCUGUUCAAGCGGCAGUAUUGGCCAUUCCCGAAAGCAAAGAUCGGCAAGAGCAGCAGCAAGGCAGCGAAGCUCCGCGAGCAGGGCAAUGCGGCGUACAAGCAGUCACCGGACGAUCCGGCCAAAGCGCUGGAGUUGUACAACCAGAGCAUCGCCAUGGCCGAGGAAGGUUCAGCCGAUUUGGGCCUUGGCUAUGCGAACCGAUCGGCGGUGUACUUCAACCGCAAGCUGUACCGCGAAUGUUUGCAGAACAUUGAGCUGGCCCGGCGUCAUAAUUAUCCCACCGAAAUGAGGCCGAAGCUGGCGGCGCGUGAGCAGCGCGUUAGGGAGCAGCUGAAGGAAACGGGCGGUAGCAACGCGGCGGCGAAACCGAAUGCCCCAACGCGCCACUGCUCGAUAAAGGCCUGUCUGGAGGUGGGGGAAGACGGAGAAGGCAUUCGAACGAACCGUAGCCUGGAGGAUGGCGCGAAGGUGCUGGUGGAAAAACCGUUCGUACUGGUGCUGGAGGCGGAACUGGCCUACCAGCGGUGCGACUUUUGCGGUGCAACCAACGAACACAACCUGCGACCAUGCACGGGCUGCACCGGCGUGAUGUACUGUAGCGAGGAAUGCCAGGAGCAGUCGUACCAGCGCUACCAUCAGUUUGAGUGUGAAAUCGUUGACGAUCUGCAGCUGCUCUUUCGCGGUCCCAAACCGACCCGAAUGUUUCACGUGGUGUUGCGUCUGUUCUGGCACGCGGUGCUACUGUUCCUGGAGGAUCCGGAAGCUUUUCUGCGGCGCGUGGAGACGCCGGCCGAGCUGGAGCAGUAUCGCGAUCCGUUUGCGCUGGAACCGACCGACUAUGUGCUGCAUCAGCUUGCCAUCUACAAGGAUCGGGAACCAAACCCGGAAGACAGCAAAGAUAUGACGGGUAGAUGCGUAACACAGUUUAUGGCGAUUCUCAUGUACGCCAUCGCGGUCAAGGAAAAUGUCUCCCUGUGGUCCCGGCUGCAGGCAGUGGAGGGUAGCGAGAAGCUGCCCCAUAUAUUGUUCCGAUUGGUCCAGAGGGUUGCUGCGAUGGAUCACAAGAUGGAGGGUGUUACCUGUUUCUAUCCCUUCACCCGUCGGCUGCGGCGUUCGAGCACACCGAACGCGAAACAGUCAGUGGACGAGCAGCUGCAAUCCGUGGUCGUUCUGACGGGGCCAGUUGCCGAGGGGCAGGAGAUAACAAUCCUUGAUGAAGAAAAAUAGGGGCAAAGGCGCAACGAGUAACGCAGCAGGCGUUUUCAAUUUGGAAUCGGGUGUGUACGUCGUAUAACAAAAAGAAGAAAAAGAGCAUUGAAUUGUGUAUGCCAUAUGAUUCACUGUGGCCGUCCUUUGAAAAGGUAUUAAUAGUUAGAGCGAAUUGCUUGGAAUAACUUCAACGAACAAAUGCUACGGAACUGAAAUAAACCGUCAGUUUGAACUCGCA